UCUCUCUCUCUCUCUCUCUCUCUCUCUCUCUCUCUCCUCUGUCACACACACACACACACAAACACAAACACGCACAGAAGGUAGAAACUAACAGAUUUCACACCUUCCAACCAGGGUUUCUGACCGUCAAUGAAACUCGAUGAUAUCGACCUGAAUUCGGACGCCGUUCCAGUUGAACCGAACACAGAGGUGUAUGGUUCUAACUUCUCUGAAUCCAAUGAUAGGGUUGACAUUUCAGAGUCUCGAACCCUAAUUGAACCUUCGAUUACUCAGGAGGAUCAAAUGGGUGGGUUUUCCAUUGAUAGUGAAAUUGGCCAGGCUAGGGUUUCAGCUGUUGGUGUAGUCCCGGAGUGUUGUCCGGUUAUGGGAUUUUCUGGCACAGAUGGAGGACUUGAAACAAAGGUAGGGAGGGUUGAGAAUGGAGAUGUGGGAGGUUCUGAUUCUCAAGUAGGGGAUUUGCGUCAGAUUGGAGGUAAAUCUAAUAAGAUCAGUUUUGUUGUGGAUUUGAGUCCUCGCUCUAGCGCAUAUGGGAAAUUUGAGUCUGGAAAUGGAAAUGGAAAUGGUGAUAAGGGAACCAAGAUUGAAGAGUUUUCCGGUGAUGCAGAUACACCCCUUUUGGAUAGUUUGGUAGAUAACGUGGCUUGUCAUAAUAAUAAUAAUAAUAAUAAUAAUAUUAGUGUUGUUCUUAAUGGAAACCAAGCUGUAGUAAAUGAACAAGACGCAACAGAUAUUGAUCAGCGGAAAUACAAUAAUAAUAUUAAGACUGCUACAUUGAAAGAGCUUCGUACUGAGAAACAAGGGGAAUAUCAUGUGGCUGAUCUGGUAUGGGGCAAGGUAAGGAGUCACCCAUGGUGGCCUGGACAGAUCUUUGAUCCUUCUGCUGCAUCAGCGAAAGCAAGGAAAUAUUCUAAGAAAGAUGGUCAUCUGAUAGCGUAUUUUGGGGACCAGACAUUUGCGUGGAAUGAUGCAUCACGGAUAAAGCCAUUUCAGAUGCAUUUCUCUCAGAUGGAGAAACAGAGCAGUAUGGAAGCUUUUUGUCGUGCUGUUGAUUGUGCAUUGGAUGAGGUUUGUAGGCGGGUGGAGUUUGGGCUGGCCUGUUCAUGCUCGUCAGAGGAAGAAUAUGCUAAGAUCAAAACCCAGGUUGUUCUUAAUGCUGGUAUCCGAGAAGAAUCAAGUAGAAGAGACGGUAGCGAUGACUUCUCUAGUGCAGCUUCUUUUAUGCCUACAACGUUUGUCCAGUAUCUAAAAGAAUUAGCUCAAGCCCCAUCUGGUGCAACUGAUAGAUUGGAGUUUUUGAUUGCCAGAGCUCAAUUGUUAGCCUUUAAUCGUUGGAAGGGUUAUGAUCAGCUGCCUGUAUUAGAAGUUUUUGAUGGGUUGCUCGAAAAUGAUGCUAGCAUUCCUAGGUCGUUGGAAAAGGAGGAUUCUGAUGAAGUAAUUGAGGAUGCAGUUGCAGGUUCUGAAGGUGAAGAGCAAGAUCCGUCUAUAAAAAUAAGAUCAGUUAUUCGACACAGUACAUCUCGGAAGCGUAAGCACAUCUCUGGUGAUGGGUUAAUCCCGAGCAAAAAAGAGAGAAGCAUAGUAGACUUGAUACCUGGGAGCAGCUUAAAGUUACAAAACAAUGACAGUAAAAUUGAAAAGAAUAGUGGCAGGAAGAUCACCUCUUUGUCUUCUGGUAAAAAAUGCCAGGCGGUUGAUUCUGUAUCUCGUGACUCAAUGAUGCGGCAUCAGAAAAGUCAUUUCUCACCGGGAUCUGUUAGUAAAAUGACUUCACAACCUAAAGAACUUCUCGAGGUUGGAGAGCGCAUUAGUAGGGUUGCAAGCCUGCUAGCUGAUUCAACACCAAUUCUCAAGUCUCAGGAUAAAACUUCUCAAAAAGCUGUGGCUGAAUAUGGUGGAAAACUGGCAAAAAGUUUGGGCACUGGGAAAGCACGUAAAAGAGAAAAGGUCAUUUCAGCACAGUACCCUCCUCCAGAUGAGAUGCUGUCAGAGCUCUGCUUGACUGCCAGAGAUCCCAUGAAAGGGUAUGGCUUUUUGAUGUCAAUGGCUAGUUUUUUCUCUGAUUUCAGAAAAUCAAUUUGCCUGGAGAAUUCCAGUUCAUGGACGGGCAAGGAGUCCAUUGGGAAAGUCCCAGGCAAUAAGAAACGAAAAAAGUCAUCCAACUUGGAAAAUUGUGCAACAUUUGGAUUUGAGGGUAUUGAAGACUCGUAUUGGACUGACAGGGUCAUUCAGGGCAACUCUGAGGAGCAAGUAUUAUUUGAAACUGAGACCCCAAUUGAGAAGGCUAUGCCCACUCUUAAACAAGAAGCAGCCGUUGAUAUAAUUCCGAACUUUGAUAAUAAACAGGAAACAACUGAUGGAAUUAUUGGGUUGGAAGCAGAGAAGCCAACUGGCCAGAAGGAUGAGGAAUGCAAGGUAAAUUUUCCUACUGCACUAAUUCUUAACUUCACAAACUUAGAAUCUGUUCCAUCAGUAGCAGAUCUGAACAAGAUAUUUAGCCGCUUUGGCCCAUUGAAUGAAUCGGAGACUGAAGUGCUUAGUAAGAGCAAGCGGGCAAAAGUGGUCUUCAAGAGGCAUUCUGAUGCUGACACUGCUUUCAGCAGUGCUGGGAAAUUCAGCAUUUUCGGACCUUCACUUGUAAGUUACAGCCUUAAGUACUCGCCACCACGUAAAACUUCCACCCCUGCUUCGAAGCGAAACAAAAAGGGUACAUCUAUGCAAGGCAAUGGAGUUUGAAAAUUAAUGGAGACCAGUUUAGGUAUUCAUCUAUUAUAUUUGACUUCUCUUUGGUCAUCUACUUAGAAAUUAUGGUCCCCUUGAAUGGAUUAUAUGAGUGUUAGAAAUUUUAUGCAACUAGCUAGGACUGACAUUUUGACGUAGAUAUGUUCCUGGGGUGGCCCUUGGGAGUCGACUCAAUUUUAUAUGUAUAACCAUGUCGUUUACAAUAAUUUCACUGUGCAUCGGAUUUUGAGACUUUCAGUUCGUUAAGUGCAUUUGUAAAUUCUUCUCUUUUUAAAAUUUAAUUUGUGGAUUGGCCGAGCUCUCUGUUUCAAUUGCCUGCUUUUAAUCCAAUCCAUACCAGU